UUGAGGUUAAGAAGGGAGCUCAGCCAGGAGACCCUAAGCUCGACAAUCCAAGUCUGGGACCUCCUCGAUCUACACCCCGACGAAGACGCAUGGAAGAUAGCUGGAAACCACAACAUGUCUCUUCCACAACAAGAAGCGCUAGUCUAGUCGAAAGAUCCUUAACCGCCACAACCAUUGUCUAG